AAGCCCCCACCGCAGGAACCAGAGAGGGGAGGGAUGCGCUGUCUGCCGCUUACCUGGCUUUAUUAAUAAAACCACCAGCUUCACGUGGUCGGCCCAGCCCACGGCGUGAUAUUCUGUGACAUUACGGAAGGUAUUUGGCUAUUCUCGGUGAUUUUUUAUUUUUUUUAAUUAUUCUCUAACUGGAGGGAUCCUGCUGCCGCUGCUGCUGCUGUGAGGGAACAGAGGUGAGGAGCACAUUUGGAUGGACGCGCAGUUUUUUUUUCCCUCCUCUCCAAAGCUCCUCCUCUGUCGUCGGAGACCGGUCACAUUUUUUUAUAUGUGUGUGUGUGUGCUCAGUGAGAGCAAGAGGGCACCGGAGAGAGGAUUUCCUUAAUUUUCGACGGGCUGCCGUGCUGUUUUCUCGCCUCUGUUUAAGAGGCUAAUAUGAAGACAUCAUUUGGCAAACCAGACCCUGGAAAGCACCUACAAUCUUCAUAACGCAUUUGAAACUGAAGACAACACCAUGCGUUGCCUCCGAUAAAACCUGCUCUCCCGUCUUGCUACACCGACCCGUUGAGAGUGAGGACACGACGAGCGCCGCAGACAUGGGUGCAGAUCAGCCCUGCAUGGAUUCUCUAGAGCGAAGGCCCACGUUGGGUCCCGGCUGUAAGCAGCUGGGCCGCCGGUGCCUGCGGAAAAAGCUGAGACCUGUGCGAAUCUUAGGGUUAGUCUUCAGCUUGGUGGCCUUAAGUGCUGUCUCUUUCAGUGCCUUGACCUGGAGCUCAGGGGGUCUCAGUGAGCCGGCGCUCCCUGAGGAGCACCAGUCGGCCCCCCACAGGACCCUACUUUUCACCCAACACCAGAGGGACCCCAACGUUUCCGCUGACAUGCCCAUAGCCAUGAAAUCUACAGCGGAUAGCAACGGGAGCCAAGGGGACUACCCCCGAGACAUUUUCAGCCGCGAGGAGAGGCGCCAAGGAGCAGUGGUCCUCCACAUGUUCGGCAUGAUCUACAUGUUCAUCGCCUUAGCCAUUGUGUGCGACGAGUUCUUCGUCCCAGCGCUGACUGUCAUCACGGAGAAGCUGACCAUCUCGGACGACGUAGCGGGCGCCACCUUCAUGGCGGCGGGCGGCUCAGCCCCAGAGCUCUUCACCUCCAUCAUCGGCGUCUUCAUCUCCCACAGCAACGUGGGCAUCGGCACCAUCGUGGGCUCGGCCGUCUUCAACAUCCUCUUCGUCAUCGGGAUGUGCGCCAUCUUCUCCAAGGAGAUCCUCAACCUGACGUGGUGGCCGCUGUUCCGCGACGUGUCCUUCUACAUCCUGGAUCUGAUCAUGCUCAUCAUCUUCUUCCUGGAUAACUUCAUCUCCGUGUGGGAAAGUAUCACGCUGCUGUCUGCCUACGCCGGCUACGUGAUCUUCAUGAAGUUCAACGGCACGGUGGAGGGCUUCGUCAAAGAUUGCAUGAGCAAGAACCAAGUGGUAGAAGUAGAGGUACAGCCCAAGGAUGAGAAGGCAAGUCCUGGGGCGCUCGAGGAUGACGGCAAGUUGUCGGCCAGGCCUCGCCUUCAAAGGGGGGGUAGUUCGGCCUCCCUGCACAACAGCUUGAUGAGGAACAGCAUUUUCCAGCUGAUGAUUCACACAUUGGACCCUUUAAGUGAAGAAUUUGCUGACUCUGAGCUUGGGACUUAUGGGAAACUAAAAUAUUAUCACUCAAUGACUGAGGAAGGUAAAUUUCGAGAGAAGGCAUCCAUCCUUCACAAGAUUGCUAAAAAGAAAUGCCAAGUGGAGGACAGUGAGAAGGCCAACGGAGUGGCGAGUCGCUCAGAUAAGAACCUUCCAAACAGCUCCAGCGUGGAAGUGGAGGUGACCCCACCCAUGAAUGGAACAGCAGGACAAGAGGGGGAGACGGCUGAAGAUGAGGAAGAAGAGGACCAGCCUCUGAGCUUGUCCUGGCCUGAAUCCACCCGCAAGCGCUUCACCUACCUCAUAAUCAUGCCUAUUGUCCUCCCUUUGUGGCUCACGCUGCCAGACGUCAGAAAAACGUCGUCAAAGAAGUUCUUCCCCAUCACAUUCUUGGGUGCCAUCUGCUGGAUUGCAGGAUUCUCCUACCUAAUGGUGUGGUGGGCUCACCAGGUUGGAGACACCAUUGGGAUUACAGAGGAGAUUAUGGGUCUGACUAUAUUAGCAGCUGGAACGUCCAUCCCUGACCUCAUCACCAGUGUUAUUGUGGCACGCAAAGGGCUGGGUGAUAUGGCAGUAUCCAGCUCCGUCGGCUCCAACAUCUUUGACAUUACUGUUGGACUGCCGUUCCCCUGGCUCCUGUGGUCCCUAUUCAGUGGCAUGAAAUCAGUGCAAGUCAGCUCCAACGGCCUCUUCUGUGCCAUCGUGCUCCUCUUCAUCAUGCUCCUCUUCGUCAUCAUCUCCAUCGCCGCCUGCAAGUGGCGCAUGAGCAAGCUGCUCGGCUUCAUCAUGUUCAUGUUGUACUUCGUCUUCCUGGUGGUCAGCGUCAUGCUCGAGGACAAGGUCAUCACCUGUCCGGUGUCGGUCUGAGGGCCGUCUGAGGGCCGCCGUCAUCACCACCACCAUCACCACCAUCCUUCUUGUCUGCUGUCGCUCCCACCUGACCCUAGUGAUCCUUUACACCAGGAAUAAAAAGAAGAACAGCUGUGUGCAAGAGAGUAAUCUAAAAAUAUGAAACCAUGCUUGUAUUUUCAGGUGGUGGCGGGGAGGAGUUGAAGCAACACGGGCACAAGACUUUGGCUUGGCUGGUUUAGCAGUGGCCUAACCUGAGUGGAUUUUUUAUUUCUUAUUAUUUCACUGGCAGGUGAAGCGGGGGUUGAGGAUGGGGAGGGUUCUGGGUGUAAGCCAAAUGUAGAAGUAUUAUGCAUGCCACUAGUUUCACUAGAUCAGCUGGAUUCAGGACUACGCCUGGUAUUUUGAGGAGAAUGACCUCCUGUGAACUUUGGCGAGAGAUGCACUGUAUGAAACUCUGAGCAAAAAAUGCAGUGACUGAGCUGAAAUUGUGAGCAUAUUUGAACGCAGACUUAAGACGCCAAGAGUGAAUUGCAGAUGAAUUUAUGGAUGAGAAAAUGGCAGACUGUGCACAUGAAUAUUUGGUUCCAGACAUGUUUCCUGUCUGAUGGUAUUGAGCAAACAGACUCCUAAGGAACACUCUUGCUGAGUAGAUGAACAACUUCUUUAUUUUUUUUUUUGUGCAAAUUUGUUCGUGCUCGGUCUGAACGAUGAGUUCAAUUUCCCCUCUUCCCUGCCAGAGUUUCACCGCUGAAUGUUGAGGAUUCUUCUAUUUCUUUUUUCUUUUUUUUGGAUUCAUUUUCAUGAAAUAUUAGAAGUAGCAUUAGAUAUACUGUAGCAGUAUUAGUUUAUAUAGAUUCAUCUUUUUCUUUCGCCACUGAACGCACGUUCUGAUUGUACAGAACUUUCCACGCUUCACAUGCACAGACUGACAACUGCAAGAAAAAACUGAUUUUAAAAAAAAAUUUUAGCCUCUCAAAAUAUAUGCUAACCUUCAAUAUCUUAUACUGAUUUUGGGGGAUUAAAAAAAAGCAUGAAUAGGCUCUUUAAAGUUCCAUAACAAAGUCAAUGUCAAAAAUAAUCCAUUUGAAAAGAACUUUACAAUGUUUCAGCGUCAUGGUUGAUUUAGAUUAGUCAAUGUGUAGUGCUUUGUUCACCGUAGAACUGAGCUCAAAUCACCGGCUAGUCAAGCUCCUGGGGUAGAAGAUUCAAGGAGUCAAAUGCAUGUAUAAAAAAAAAAGAGAAAAAAAAACACUCGGAGGUGAAUAAUACCAAUCAACAUUUAGGAAGUUGUAUACCAAAAUGUACACUUUUUCAAACAUGUUUCAUAACUUCUUAAUGCAAACCAGUGCUCAGUCUCUGUGUAGAAAAUGUCAACAUGUACGGUCGACGAUAUCUAUCAAACUUGUGCAAUUUCUUUUCUAAUCAAAGGUGCUUUCGUGUGCAUGUGUGCAAUCUGCAUUUGGAGUCACCGCACAAUGACCAUUCAUUAGAUUUACCUAUAAAUAGAGGUGAUAACUACCAGUAUUUUGCAACUGAAUGCAAAAAAAAGAAGAAAUCAACUACACCAAUCUGUGUUUUAUACUGGAAAAAGAAACCAUAAUCACAAUCUCUUUAAGCUACAUAGAAUGUGGAAAUCACAGACUUUAACAGCAAUAUAUCGCGUGUCGUCGUUGAGUAUCGCAUCCCCUCCUCCCCCGCCAUGCGUCUGUCUCCCCCCCCACUGUCCUCCCCCUCCACCAUAUAGAGUGGACGACCAUUCCUCCCCCUUAGAGCUGGCCAGAAACACCUGCUUUACCUCAACACAGCCUCUGUACAGCAGCUUCGUAGGAGUUAACUGUAAAAUACUAGUAAAUAGAUUCUCUGAGUGUGUGAGGAGAAAUGCAUGCGAGGAAUAUUUUGGGCUGGUUACCCACCGACUGUACAGCUGAGCUUAGACCAACUAUAUACAGUAUGUUCACUUUUAUGCAUCCAUUCGAGGGAGAAACACCAAGAAUUAAUUUGGUUUUACUUUGUAAAUAUAAACUCCUGUUUUUUUGCAAACAGUUCACACCUGUACUUUACUCACUUGUAUUUAUUUAUUUUUUGUAAUAGAGGGUGGAAAAUGACUUGGAUAUUGUAUGCCGGUGGCAAAAAUUAUUUUUAAAUUGCUCACCGUCUGAUUCCAUCACACUGUAAACAUGCCUGUUGAGUUCCUGCUAAGAGAAUUACGGCUUUAAAAAAAACAGAUAUUGCCUCCUCAUGCAACGUAGAACGCCUGCAUCCACCGUGCUGUGUUCUCAUAUGACCCAACCGCCAAGAUUCAAAGAAUUUAUGGCCUCUGCGAUGACUCAUGUACUUUGCGAAAUCCUCCUGUCCACAUUUGCCAUUAAACUGUUCCCUCAGAGCGCCCACACACUCUCAUUAAUGCGAUCACACCUCACCUCCAGCUCCUUCUCUUCCCCUUCUUUAUAAGAAUAGUUUGACAUUUUGGGGAAUGCUUUUUUUUUUUUUUUUUUUUUUGCACAGAUAGAUGAGAAAGUGGAUGUCGUUGAGAAAUUCGUUGGAUUUUGGUAGAUUUUUAACAUUUCUUUUUUUCCACCAAAAAAUGUUCAAAGAUUUCCCUAAAAUGUUGAAAAUGUGGACAUCAGAAGUUUCACUGAAAAUAUAUAUUUUUUCCCACAUUUUCAAACUAAAACGGGUCAAUUUUGGCCCACAGGACAACACAAGGGUUAAAUGAAGGUAAAAUAUUUUUUUAAAUAAUAGCUUAACGAUACGAAAUAUAAUCAAGAAAUAAAUUCUGAUGUAAUGUUAUAGAUUAAGAUAAAACUUUGUUGAUGCUAUGAGGAAAUACAUUAAGUUUUUAAAUCAGCUCCAGUGUUAAAGUGAUGAUCCAGGAAUAUACAUAUUCUAAAAUCUGCCACUCUUGAGUACUUUUUCUUUUGGAAUGUUAUGUGUAUUUUGAGUAUUUCUACACUGUAGUAUUGGCUGUUUCAUCAGCACAGAAACCAAAGUGUAUAAAAGAAGAAACUGUAUUACAAGGGUGUCAGUGCAGAUAGGUUCCAAUAAUUUACUGCUGGUAGCUUCAUAUUUGCACAAACACGAGGCUGCUGUCAAUUUUGUUAUCUAACUAAAGGCAACAAGGCAAAUAAGCCCAUUUCCCAAACUAUCCUGUGGAGGUCACAUGUGCAUACAGUCCCUGUUCGCUUCCAUCCUUAAAACCUCUCCUUUCAAAACAACAAAUUUCCAAAGUUCACGUUACUUAUUUUUUUUGAGCGAGAGCACGAAUGGUGAGAGGAACCCAAAAAAAACAAAAAAAACAAACAAAAAAACCCAAACCGGUUUAACUUGGCAGUGAUUGUGGUUUACCAGGGUGAGCAAACAAGUGAAAGUUGACCACUGAGGAACAUUCUUGCACUGUAAAUGUUUUAUUUUCUUGGUGUUAAUGUAAGAUUUAUUUAAGGUGUACAUAUAUACAGAUACAAAUUAAUCAUAUAAUCUAUAUGUGUAAAAGAAAUAUGUCUCUUUAUGUAAAAACACAAAGUAUAUAAUAAAAACGAAUAAAGAUGCUAAUUCAAAUAUGCAA